AUGGGUUUGCCUUUUGAUCAAGUGGAAGAACUGCGUCUCUACCAGCAAACCCUCCUCCAGGAUGGGCUCAAAGACAUGUUGGACCACAACAAGUUUCUGGACUGUGUCUUGAAAGUGAAGGGAAAGGAGUUUCCCUGCCAUCGGCUGGUGCUGGCAGCUUGCAGCCCCUAUUUCCGGGCAAUGUUCCUCUCGGACAUGGAAGAGAGCAAGAAGAGGGAGGUCAGCUUGGAAGAUGUCGAUCCAGAUGUCAUGGGCAAAAUCCUCCAUUACAUCUACACCUCUGAGCUGGAGAUCACAGAGCAGAAUGUUCAGGACAUCUUCUCUGUGGCCAACAUGUUCCAGAUCCCCUCCAUCUUCACUGUCUGCGUGUCUUUCUUGCAGAAGCGCCUUUGCCUCAGCAACUGCUUGGCUAUCUUCAGGCUGGGCUUGAUGCUGGAUUGCGCCCGGCUGGCUGUGGCAGCUCGAGAUUUCAUCUGCGAUCGCUUUGCACUGGUCUCUCGUGAUGAGGAAUUCUACCAGCUCUCACCCGAUGAGCUCAUCGCCAUCAUCUCCAGUGACUCCCUCAACAUUGAGAAAGAGGAAAAUGUCUUUGAGGUGGUGAUGAAGUGGGUGGGCACCAAGGACCAGGAGAGCCGGCAGAAGGCCCUGCCUGUUGUCUUUGAAAGCAUUCGCUUCCGCCUCAUGCCCAAGGACUACAUCAAGGACCACGUGGAGAAGCAGGCUGUGGUGAAGUCCAGCCCAGAGCUGCUCAAGAAAUUGCAGAUGGUGAAGGAUGCCCAGCAAGGCAAAUUCACCGUGGUGAAGAAGAAGAAAGUGAAGAAAAGUGAUGAAAAGCAAGCAAAAGGCAAUGUUGUCAAUGGAGCAAUAGAUGAGGAGGAAGAGACAGAGGAAGAUGUGCUUCCAGGGAUCUUAAAUGACACGAUGCGCUUUGGGAUGUUCCUCCAGGACCUCAUUUUCAUGGUGAGCGACAGUGGAGCAGUGGCCUAUGAUCCCACUGCCAACGAGUGCUAUUUUGCCUCCCUGUCUGCUCAAAUCCCAAAGAACCACGUCAGUCUGGUGACCAAAGAGAAUCAGAUCUUCAUUGUCGGAGGACUGUACUACAAUGAGGACAGCAAAGAGGAUCCCAUGAGUUCCUACUUCCUACAGUAUGACCAUCUGGACUCAGACUGGCUGGGGAUGCCCCCCUUGCCUUCCCCUCGCUGCCUCUUUGGCCUGGGAGAGGCAGAAAACUCCAUUUUUGUGGUCGGAGGGAAAGAGCUGAAAGAGGGAGAGCAGACCUUGGAUUCAGUGCUGUGCUACGACCGCCUGUCCUUCAAGUGGGGUGAAGCUGAUUCCCUUCCCUACGCAGUCUACGGCCACGCAGUGGUAUCACACAAGGACCUUGUCUAUGUCAUUGGAGGCAAAGGAAGUGACAAGAAGUGCCUGAAGAAGAUGUGUGUCUACAACCCCAAUAAGUUCGAGUGGAAGGAGCUGGCUCCCAUGAAAACUGCUCGUUCCUUGUUUGGAGCCACUGUGCACAAAGACAAAAUCUAUGUGGCAGCUGGCGUGACCGACUCUGGAUUGACCAACUCAGUGGAAGUGUACGACAUUGCCACCAACAAGUGGGAGACUUUCCCUGAGUUCCCUCAGGAGCGCAGCUCGGUCAGCCUGGUGAGCCUGUCUGGGGUGCUCUACCUGCUUGGAGGAUUUGCCACGGUGGAGACGGAGUCCGGGGAGCUGGUGCCAACAGAGCUGAACGACGUCUGGAGAUACGACGAAGAGCAGAAGAAGUGGGAAGGGGUCCUCCGUGAGAUCCAAUAUGCCUCUGGUGCCACUUUCCUUCCCGUGCGCCUCAAUGUUUUGCGGCUAACGAAGAUGUAG